CUUUUUGAAUCAAGUUAUAGAUAUGGCAACUGAUUUCGAAAAUUCUGUACUCAAAGCAAUUGAAAAAAUUAAGGCAUUUAAAAAGAAAACCUCUCUUGAAAAAAUUCGAAAUAUUGUUAUGAGAGAUAUUUUUCAAACCGAUAAAGAAUUCUGCGACAAAUUAAAUGUAAUGAUAAAGGAAAAAAAAAUAGUCAAGGCAUUGAAAUCAAGAGAUACGGUAUAUUUCGAUCCCCAAAAAGGACCCAUUCGCCUUAUUCAUAUAGAAUCAGAUGAUUUAUCUCACCUUGUUAAAAAUGCCAUUAAAAGAUUGAAACAAAAAUCCCUUAAAAGUGAUCAAAUUGAUGAAAACAAAAUUAUGGAGCAAAUAUAUUCAUGUAAUUAUAUUGCAAAUUAUGAUCCUAUAAGUGAAAUAGAUAUUCAAAAUGAAAAUAAGAUUAAACCAGUCAGUAGUAAAGAAAUAAAAGUCAAAGCUGAUAUUGUUAGCUAUGUGAAUGCUAGUCAACAGAAUAAUAAUAGAGAAUAUAAUGAUAUUAAAGUUCUCUCUUUAGAUGGGGAGUCUUCCUUGUUCAUCCUAUUUGAACAUGCCGUCGGUUACACCUUAUUCAACAUCAAGCAAUAUGAAGAGAUAGGUAUGAUCCUUUUAUCCAAACAAUUGUGUGACAAUCUCACUGAUUUUACUAAAUUCGCCAACACAGUUCAUUUGGUGGCUUUUUCACCCUUCAAAUCUGCUAAAAACGCCCUGGAAAAUAUUAAUCAUAUAUCGGAAGGUCUGGUUCACGAGGAUUUAUACUUAUUUUUGGACACUUAUCUACCUAAAAAUGUCUCUAACGUUGACAGAAAAAAAGUAUUACUAGCUAUCGCCGAUAGUAAAUUGGGCAAUUCAAUCAACGAGAAUGCGAAUCUCGGCAUCAAUUGUAUAUAUUCUGGACUUGUACCAGAUAUUAUGCGAGGAAUAAGGCAACACUUUAACAAAUUUUUUAAAAACCUGAACCAAAAUGACAAUCUCAUUGACGAGACAAAGGAAUCUAAAUCACAACUAGGUCUCGCUCAUAGCUAUUCCCGUGCCAAAAUUAAAUUUAACAUUAAUCGGGUCGAUAAUAUGAUAGUUCAAUCUAUUGCUAUACUAGAUCAAUUGGACAAAGAUAUAAACAAAUUUUGCAUGAGGCUUAGAGAAUGGUAUUCCUAUCAUUUUCCUGAGCUUUACAAACUUGUACCGGAUAAUUUGCUUUACGCGAGAGUAGUUAAAUGUUUUGGAGACAGAAAAGGAAUUUUUAAUAACGCUACUAACAGUGAAGAACUCAAAAAAAAGCUGGCUGAUAUUUUAAAUCACGAUUUAACUUUGAUUAGAGAUAUACUAAAGAUCGCUAAAUCGUCAAUGGGAAUGGAUAUAUCACCUCUUGAUUUAAACAUGAUUGGAAAAUUUACCGACAGAGUUAUAGCUUUAGGUGAAUUUAGGAAAAAAUUAUCGGUCUACCUAAACGAUAAAAUGAAAUGCGUCGCACCAAAUCUUUCGGAAUUGUUAGGGGAUACGGUAAGCGCUAGAUUAAUAUCACACGCUGGCAGUCUCUCUAAUUUAGCCAAAUGUCCCGCCUCUACCAUUCAAAUCCUGGGAGCUGAAAAAGCUCUUUUUAGAGCUCUAAAGAGUCGAAGCGGUAAUACUCCCAAGUACGGGCUUCUGUUUCACUCGUCUUUCAUCAGUAAAACCGGACCCACUAAUAAAGGAAAAAUUUCGAGAUUUUUAGCCAAUAAAUGUGCCAUCGCUUCCCGGAUCGACUGUUUUUCAGAUGUUUCGUGCCCAAUAUAUGGUCAGUUUUUUAAGGCUCAAGUUGAAAAUAGAAUAAAAUUUCUCGAAAAUAAUGAAGAACCUAUUAAAAACCACGAUCUAAUGAAUCAAGCUCAUCAAAAAGCAAUGGAAUAUAUGAAAAACAUUGGUACUGAACCUACGAGCUAUAUUGGGGGAAAAAAAAUUAAAAAAAAGGACAAAAGGCAACACUCACCAAUUGAAUCAAAUAGUUUAUUACUCAAAAAAGAGGACACAGAAUCUAGCAUCUUGAUAGAGGAUGAAGAACAUGAACAACAUGCCACGAAAAAAAGUAAAAAAAGAAAGAUGGAGGCAACUUUAAAUCAUUUUGAAAUCAAUACAUCAAUUUUGAAUGGUAAAGUAGAAAAUUAUUCCCUUUCUGAUGAGGUGAAAAAUAUAACAAAUGCAAAAUUUAAUAAAAGGAAAAAAAAAAAAAUGCUCGACUAAUAUUGAAAUUCAAAUUAUCUUAAAUAUAUGCUU